ACGAAGAUCCAGUUUCCAAACCUCCAGGCCACCCAGAACAGCGAAUCACAGCGAAGCGAACCGUCAGCAACUGCCCGAUCCCAGCCUUGGGAACAUAUCUUUGGGAUCUUCGCAGCCGUCAGAUCCUCGUAACACGACCACGUGAUUUCAUCGGACGGAGGAGGAAGAAAAGCCAUCCAAGAGUUCCUCGAGAGUCGAGAUGCUCCUGGCGCGAGGACCUAGUGACCGUUGAAUCUGCACUAUCCAAUUUUCCCUGAGCACCGUGCGAUGUACAUACCUCUGCGACUACUUUCCUAGAGCUCCUCCUGAUUCUUGUCGCGAAAAAGAUGGACUGAUCUGCAGAGUUAUUUAGUGUCAGAACGACACAUCUUGGGUACCGAUUUUUUGGUCCGUGAAAAGAUCACGAAGCAGUUUCCGCCGAUCUUCGCGAGCAUGAGCCUCGUCUCAUGAACUCUCACGGUCUCUCUCGCUGGUACGACAGCGUCUUCGCCGGGGGCCAGGGCGUGAAACAAAACGUAGAGAAACUCGUCGAUAGCGUAUUCGGCGGCCAGAGCAGUUCUGCCGGGGUUCAGAGCGGUUCCGCCGGCGGACAGGACGGUUCCAACGGGAAACAGGGCGGUUCUGCGGAGCCUCAGAACCAGGCUCACGGUUUGGGUCAGGGUCUCUCCCGUUUGUACGACAACGUUAUCGAAAGCCAGGGCGUGAAAAACGUGACGAAAAACGUAGAACACCUCGUCGAUACUUUUCGCCAGGGGGCUGCGCGGACUAGUGGUAACCCGAAAGAUCUGAAGGAUAUUAGAGACCUCCGGGAUAUUAAAGACCUAAUGGGCUGCACGUGGUCGGGUCUAGCUGCGAUUUAUGACGCCGUGAGCAGCGGAGAGGAGGUGAAGGUCAACGGGCGACGGUUUCGCAUCGUUCAGAACCUUGGCGAAGGUGGUUACGCUUUCGUUUACCUCGUUCGCGAAGCCGGCAGCAGCAGCGCCGCUGAUGUGGCAGCCAGCUUGGCAGACGCAUCGUCGGAUCCAGCUGCUGACGUGGCGACGAGUGGUGAUGGCAAUUCCGGAAAUCAGGGGGAGAAUGCAGAACCAGCCGACGAAUCGGACGCUAAGUCGGUUGUUCCAACCAAGCCGAAACGGAAAUACGUCUCCCCUGACAACACAUACGCGUUAAAGAAGUUUCUGAUACAGACGAAGGAGCAGCUGCUGCUGGUGAAGGCCGAAAUCGACGUGGCUUCAAAGCUCGACCACCCCAACCUGCUCCCUUUAGUAGAACACGCGAUAGUGUCAUCAAAGCAGCAGCAGGGCACCAAGGAGGCGUACCUUGUGUUUCCUGUCUAUAGGGAUGGGACGAUACAAGACCAUGUGGCUUGGAUGGCUCAGGCCAAGGGGUCGCAGUCCUCCUCCACCAAAGGGCACCGUUUCUCACCGCUGCAAGUGCUCACCAUCAUCAGCCAGGUUGCCUCGGGCUUGGCGCACAUGCAUGCGUGCUCGCCCCCUCUGGCACACAACGACAUCAAGCCAGGGAACAUCCUCAUAGCCUUUGGGGGACAUGGGUCAACAGGGGGAGGAGGAGUGGGUGUGGGUAGGGGUCGUGGUGAUGGGAUUUGCAUUACCGGAGUGGCAGAGAGAGAUGAUGCUUUUGUAGCGGGUGCAGGCAGUAGCAGUGGACCGUCUGCUGCUGGUGCUGCUGCUGCGGGUGAUAACGGUGGCACAGGUGGUGCUGAUGGUGUGGUGGGGGGAGGAGUGGGAGCAGGGGGGACAGGAGCCGUGCGAGAAGGAGCAGAAGGGGGGCUCCCAUUGGACAGACUACCGACAGCAUCCGCUUCAGAUAUUUCGGUGGCCAUAAUGGACUUUGGGUCCACCACGCCUGCCAGGAGAGAGAUCCGAUCUCGGAACCAGGCGCUGAGCUUGCAGGAAUGGGCGGCACAGCACUGUUCAGCGGCGUACAGGGCUCCAGAGUUUUGGGACUGCCCGAGUGAAAUGGAUAUCGAUGAGAAAAGUGAUGUGUGGUCGCUGGGAUGCGCUUUAUAUGCCACCAUGUACGGGCAGUCCCCCUUUGAGUUCUCCCUGGGCGAGUCAGGAGGCAGCCUGCAGCUAGCAGUCAUGAGCGGAACCAUCAAGUGGCCGCACCCGCCCCUCGCCACCUCCUCCUCAUCCGCAUCCCCCCCCCCCGCUCUUAUGGACACUCCUGUCAGUAUGACCGCCUCUGGCUCCUCCGCUGAUGGUUCGUCUGGUUUUUCUUCUGCGACAGGAGGGGGGUUUUUGGGGUACCCAGCGUCGUUUCAUAAGCUGGUGGAGUGGAUGGUGCAGCAGGAUGUGAAGCAACGGCCCAUGGCAGCACAGGUGGUUGAGAGGGUAGAGCACAUGAUUGCUACACUACCACCCUCACUACAGUGACAACUAGACACCACAGUGACUACUGGGUAUACAAAUGGGAGUUCUGGGGGUAUCCUGCAUCGUUUAAUAAGCUGGUGGAGUGGAUGGUGCAGCAGGAUGUGAAGCAACGGCCCACGGCAGCACAAGUGGCUUGAGAGGAUAGAGCACAUGAUUGCUACCCUGUCGCCUUCAUUACAGUGACAACUCGUUCGUAGUUAUAUGGCAUACAAAGGGGAGUUUUUUGGGAUACUGCCCGGCAUCGUUUCAGAAGCUGGUGGAGUGGAUGGGGGGAGCAGGAGGGAAGCUUUGGGGCAUGGCUGGUGGAGUGGAUGUUGCAGCAGGAGUUAGGACGUGAAGCAACGGCCGACGGCAGCACAGGUGGUGGAGGGAAUCGAGCAUAUGAUUGCUACACGACCGUCUUUGUUACAGUCAUAAGUAGAUAAUAGUAUAUAUGUAGUAUACUAUUAUCUACAAGUAGCAUAGGACAGAGUUGGCUAAUUUUAUUCAGCUACCUUUUGUUAAGCGCAACAAAAGGUCAACUCAGUUUCCGAGAGUAGUGUAGAUAAUGCACGAACUGAUUUCUUUGUCGAACCCCUCUCCUAGCGCAGCGUGUCACUCAAGC